UUUACAGAUGAAGAAACCGAGAUUCAGAGAGGUUCAGACACUUGCCCGAGGUCUCACAGCUAGUCUUGCCUCCCAGCCCUCUUGCCUUCCCACUGCACCAUGGCUCCAGGCCUCUUCUUCUCGGCGCUCCUCUCGCCGCCACCUGCUGCCCUGCCCUUUUUGCUGCUGCUCUGGGCAGGGACAUCUCGUGGCCAGCCCUGCCCCGGCCGCUGUUUCUGCCAGAAUGUGGCUCCCACACUGACCAUGCUGUGUGCCAAGACCGGCUUGCUCUUCGUGCCGCCUGCCAUCGACCGGCGCGUGGUGGAGCUGCGGCUCACAGACAACUUCAUCGCCGCCGUCCGCCGCCGAGACUUCGCCAACAUGACUAGCCUGGUGCACCUCACCCUCUCCCGGAACACCAUCGGCCAGGUGGCAGCUGGUGCCUUUGCUGACCUUCGAGCGCUCCGCGCCCUGCACCUCGACAGCAACCGCCUGGCAGAGGUGCGUGGCGACCAGCUUCGCGGCCUGGGCAACCUUCGCCACCUGAUUCUCGGCAACAACCAGAUCCGUAGGGUAGAGUCAGCUGCUUUCGAUGCCUUCCUGUCCACCGUGGAGGACCUGGAUCUGUCCUACAACAACCUGGAGGCCCUGCCCUGGGAGGCCGUAGGCCAGAUGGUGAAUCUGAACACCCUCACCCUGGACCACAAUCUCAUCGACCACAUCGCUGAAGGGACCUUCGUGCAGCUUCACAAACUAGUGCGCCUAGACAUGACUUCCAACCGUCUCCAUAAACUCCCGCCUGACGGGCUCUUCCUGAGGUCACAAGGCACUGGGCCCAAGCCGCCCACACCGCUGACGGUCAGCUUUGGCGGCAACCCCCUGCACUGCAACUGCGAGCUGCUCUGGCUGCGGCGGCUGACCAGAGAGGACGACCUGGAGACCUGUGCCACCCCUGAGCACCUCACCGACCGCUACUUCUGGUCCAUCCCUGAGGAGGAGAAAGAACUUAAUGAAGAUGGUGCAUUUAUCAUCCCAAUCUACAGGUUAAGAAAUUACAACCUCAAUAGGGGAAAUCAUUCAUCUGGGGUCACAGAGCUAGCAAGUCUUGCCUCCCAGCCCUCUUGCCUUCCCACUGCACCAUGGCUCCAGGCCUCUUCUUCUCGGCGCUCGCCUCCACCUCUGUGUGCCAAGACCGGCUUGCUCUUCGUGCCGCCUGCCAUCGACCGGCGCGUGGUGGAGCUGCGGCUCACAGACAACUUCAUCGCCGCCGUCCGCCGCCGAGACUUCGCCAACAUGACUAGCCUGGUGCACCUCACCCUCUCCCGGAACACCAUCGGCCAGGUGGCAGCUGGUGCCUUUGCUGACCUUCGAGCGCUCCGCGCCCUGCACCUCGACAGCAACCGCCUGGCAGAGGUGCGUGGCGACCAGCUUCGCGGCCUGGGCAACCUUCGCCACCUGAUUCUCGGCAACAACCAGAUCCGUAGGGUAGAGUCAGCUGCUUUCGAUGCCUUCCUGUCCACCGUGGAGGACCUGGAUCUGUCCUACAACAACCUGGAGGCCCUGCCCUGGGAGGCCGUAGGCCAGAUGGUGAAUCUGAACACCCUCACCCUGGACCACAAUCUCAUCGACCACAUCGCUGAAGGGACCUUCGUGCAGCUUCACAAACUAGUGCGCCUAGACAUGACUUCCAACCGUCUCCAUAAACUCCCGCCUGACGGGCUCUUCCUGAGGUCACAAGGCACUGGGCCCAAGCCGCCCACACCGCUGACGGUCAGCUUUGGCGGCAACCCCCUGCACUGCAACUGCGAGCUGCUCUGGCUGCGGCGGCUGACCAGAGAGGACGACCUGGAGACCUGUGCCACCCCUGAGCACCUCACCGACCGCUACUUCUGGUCCAUCCCUGAGGAGGAGUUCCUGUGUGAACCCCCGCUGAUCACUCGGCAGGCUGGGGGCCGCGCCCUGGUGGUGGAGGGCCAGGCUGUCAGCCUCCGCUGCCGCGCAGUGGGCGACCCUGAACCUGUGGUGCAUUGGGUGGCACCUGAUGGGAGGCUGCUGGGGAACUCCAGCCGGACCCGGGUCCGGGGGGAUGGGACACUGGAUGUGACCAUCACCACUUUGCGGGACAGUGGCACCUUCACUUGCAUUGCCUCCAAUGCGGCAGGGGGAGCCACAUCGCUUGCCCCUGUGGGGGUGUGUGUGGUACCCCUGCCACUGAUGGCACCCCCACCAGCUGCCCCGCCACCUCUCACCGAGCCUGGUUCAUCUGACAUCGCCACACCCGGCCGACCUGGUGCCAACGAUUCAGUUGCUGAGCGCCGGCUGGUGGCAGCUGAGCUGACCUCAAACUCCGUGCUCAUCCGCUGGCCAGCCCAGAGACCUGUGCCUGGCAUCCGCAUGUACCAGGUCCAGUACAACAGCUCGGUGGAUGACUCCCUCGUGUACAGGAUGAUUCCGUCCACCAGCCAGACCUUCCUGGUGAAUGAUCUUGCGGCAGGCCGCGCCUACGACUUGUGCGUGUUGGCUGUCUACGACGACGGGGCCACCGCUCUACCGGCCACGCGAGUGGUGGGUUGCGUGCAGUUCACCACGGCUGGGGAUCCGGCGCCCUGCCGCCCGCUGAGGGCCCAUUUCUUGGGUGGUACCAUGAUCAUCGCCAUUGGGGGCGUCAUCGUCGCCUCGGUGCUUGUCUUCAUCGUCCUGCUCAUGAUUCGCUACAAGGUGUACGGCGACGGGGACAGCCGCCGCGUCAAAAGCACCCCCCGGUCGCCCCCGCGGGUCAGCCACGUUUGCUCGCAGACCAAUGGCGCAGGCGCACCGCAGGCCCCACCUCCGCCGGCCCAAGACCGCUACGAGGCUCUGCGCGAGGUGGCGUUUUCGGCUGCUGCGCCUGUCGCCGUCGAGGCGAAGGCCACAGCAGCCGAUGCGGCUUCCGCAGAGCCGGAGGCGGUCCUUGGACGCUCUCUGGGCGGCUCGGCCACCUCGCUGUGCCUGCUGCCCUCCGAGGAAACUUCUGGGGAGGAGUCUCGGGCCACGGUGGGCCCUCGGAGAAGCCGUUCGGGGGCCCUGGGGCCUCCAACUUCGGCGCCCCCCACUCUAGCUCUGGUUCCUGGGGGGGCUUCGGGCCGGCCAAGACCGCAGCAGCGCUAUUCCUUCGAUGGGGACUACGGGGCGCUCUUCCAGAGCCACAGUUACCCGCGCCGCGCCCGGCGGACAAAGCGCCACCGGUCCACGCCGCACCUGGACGGGGCCGGAGGGGGCGCGGCCGGGGAGGAUGGAGACCUGGGGCUGGGCUCCGCCAGGGCGCGCCUGGCCUUUACUAGCAACGAGUGGAUGACUUUCUGA